AUGCAGACAUGCAACCCAGGGACCCGGCCGGAGCAUCCGGCCAGGUCGGAAUUCUUAGAAAGACACAGGAACCCUUACGGCCUUACGGUUUGGGGAAAUUCUUCCAUUGGAUCCGUGAACGGUUUCUCGAAUCGAAACUUUCAAGCUUCCAAGCUUCCGGCCAACUGGGCAAGCUCAAGGUCACGGAGGCACAUCUGCACGGUUGUGCCAGUGCUCUUCUGGAAGCCUGAUGCUCAGCUUCGAGUGCAAAUUCUUGUUUUGCUGUACUUGUGUCAUGCCGUAACCACGACUGCAGCAGGGAGUACAGUCGGCGUACUCACCUGGACCUACCACUGGCACAACUUCCUGCCAGAGUUUUUCCUGCAAGAUGUGCAGCUGCAGCUCUACG